AUGUCCACCUCCGCCCACCUCCGUCCUCCGCCCACCUCCGCCCACUACGUCCACCACGCCCACAUCCUCGGCUGCCCACACGAUGCUACUGCUCCGCCUCGCCACAUAAUCACGCCGGCUGCCCACAGCACCCAAAUGACAACAAACCUCUCAAGCCCGGGAUACAGGCUCGCAAAAAUUGACCACAUAGCCUAUUCCGGUGCUGGCAUCCCGGGUGGCGCGGAGAAACGCAUUGCCCCUGGCCUUGUCGGACAAUUCACCCAGAAACAAAGGAGUGGCAUGCAGAAGGAGUAG